GCGCGCUCUCAUCUCUCCGCUCCGCGUGCAGCCAGUGACUGCUGCUGCUGUCUCGCGGCGUUUGGAGAUCCUGCACGCGCGCUGUAUGGAUGCUGAAUCUUCGGCGCUGCUGUAAACGCGACACGGAAUCAACAUGUCCAACCCUCCGCACGACCCGUUCUACUCGUCCCCUUUCGGACCGUUCUACCGGAGACAUUCACCGUACAUGGUGCAGCCUGAGUACAGAAUCUAUGAGAUGAACAAACGACUUCAGUCCCGGACAGAGGAGAGUGAUAGUCUGUGGUGGGAUGCGUUUGCUACGGAGUUCUUUGAGGAGGAUGCUACAUUGACCCUCUCCUUCUGUUUGGAGGAUGGACCAAAAAGAUACACAAUCGGGCGGACCCUCAUCCCUCGUUACUUCAGCACGGUAUUUGAAGGUGGCGUGUCAGACCUCUACUACAUCCUGAAACACUCCAAAGAGUCCUUCCACAACUCCUGCAUCACUGUAGACUGCGACCAGUGCACCAUGGUCACACAGCACGGCAAGCCCAUGUUCACCAAGGUGUGUACGGAGGGCAGGUUGAUUCUGGAGUUUGCCUUCGAUGAUCUGAUGAGGAUCAAGACGUGGCACUUCAACAUCAGACAGUAUCGGGAACUCAUCCCACGCAGCAUUCUAGCCAUGCACGCACAAGACCCUCAAGUCCUGGAGCAGCUCUCGAAAAACAUCACCCGCAUGGGAUUGACCAACUUCACCCUCAACUACCUCAGGUUGUGUGUCAUUCUGGAGCCGAUGCAAGAGUUAAUGUCUCGACACAAGACCUACAACCUUAGCCCGAGAGACUGUCUAAAGACCUGUCUGUUCCAGAAGUGGCAAAGAAUGGUGGCCCCUCCAGCUGGACAUCCACAGAACUUCAAAACGGAAAUUUUCCCCUCAAAUCACAAAAAAGAGCCCACUCGACAGACCACGACCAAGAGAAGAAAGAGGAAGAACUCCGCCAGCAGUGCGUCUAACAGUAGCCUAGGCAACAGCGCUGGCGGCAAGAAACGCAGCCCUGCCAACAACUUCACUCUGGCCAGCCAGGUACCUGAUGUGAUGGUGGUAGGUGAGCCCACUCUGAUGGGCGGGGAGUUUGGCGAUGAGGACGAGCGUCUGAUCACGCGGCUAGAAAACACACAAUACGACGCCACCAACGGUCUGGAUGAUGACGACGACUUCACGAGCUCGCCGGCACUCGGCAACAACAGUCCCUGGAACAGCAAGCCGCCCACAGGGCAGGACAGCAAGCCCGAGAGUACGGCCUCGCAGCCCUCUCAGUAGGAGACAACAUGUGCAAUGCCCCGUUAAACCACCAGGGCGGCGCACUCUCUCUCUGACCUCACUUUUUACCCUCAAUGAUGUAAAUCCCAUGUCAUGGUGUUAAUGAUGUCAUCCAUUUUCACCAGAAACUGAUGGUUCCACGCCGUAUUUUGGGUAACAUUUAGGAACUUCACUGUCCAAACUUUGGCAGCAAUAUUUGCUCACUGGAUUUUUU